AUGGCUCCGAUAAAGUUAUCUCUGGUAGUCUUCGUUGUCCUACUUGCUUCCUGCCAUCCAACGGCCGCAAUUGAAAGAGUGAAUGAUACGAUCCUUACGCUCUGGAAUCAUAAAGGGUGCUAUCAGGGUGUUUUUAUAGGCACAGCUGUUGUAUCGGUACUUGAAUGUUUCAUAAAGUGUUCUGGUUUGCAAUACUAUGGUAUAAAGAGUGCUAGCAUAUGCAGAUGUCAAAUGAGUCAAAAGAAUAAUAAAGGUCAAAAGAUAUUUGGGGUCAAAGUCGAAGAGACAAAGUGUGAUAAACUUUGUUCUGAUGGCUUUCCGUGUGGAGGGAAUCAAUUCUUUUCUUUUUAUGAAAUGGUCCAAGAUAAAGCCCUGGGGAACACCAGAAAUUAUUGGAACGUGCUCAGAGACAGAAUUAUUAAUAAAUACAUAUUGAUAGCGAUCACUUAA